CCCACAAAUUAAUACAUAUAAAGCUAAGAGUUACAACAACGCCUGUUCAAUGAUUUGCUGUCAAAAACAAGGUUUAGGAAGGUCGAAUAAAAGACAUUUCAGCUGUCAGGACUAGCACGGCGGCUGCUUUCGUUCAUCUGUGGCAGUGAAGAAGAAAAACGCAAAAUGUUGGGCAGAUUCGGCAACUUCACGCCAAUGCUGGUGCAAAAUGUCCAGCAAGGCCAACAGCAGCGCGGUAUGGCCACGCUGAAAGCCAUCUCCAUCCGCCUGAAGUCUGUCAAGAAUAUUCAGAAGAUUACACAGUCCAUGAAGAUGGUGUCAGCCGCGAAAUAUUCGCGUGCGGAGAGGGAUCUGCGUCAGGCGCGUCCCAUCGGUGAGGGUUCUCAGCUUUUCUAUCAAAGAGCUGAGAUUGCUCCUCCUGAGGAUGCCAAAGCAAAACUGGUUGUCGCCAUCACCUCCGACAGAGGUUUGUGUGGUGCUUGCCACACCAGCGUCGCGCGUCAAAUUCGCACAGACCUGAGCCAACCUGGAGCAGAAAACAUUAAGGUCAUCUGCGUCGGCGACAAGUCUCGUGGUAUUCUUCGCCGUCUGUACGGAAAGCACAUCAUCAUGGCCGCCAACGAAAUCGGCCGCCUUCCGCCGACAUUCACCGACGCAUCUAAACUCACUGCCGGCAUUUUGAGCUGCGGUUAUGAUUUCGCAUCCGGCAAAAUCAUCUACAACAAGUUCAAGUCGGUCGUUUCGUACACCACCACUGAAAUUCCAAUUUUCAGCCUGUCUGCUGUUCAGUCUGCACCGAAAUUGGCGAUUUACGACUCUCUGGACGAUGAAGUUAUCCAAUCGUAUUUGGAAUUCUCAUUGGCGUCGAUGAUCUACUACGCUAUGAAGGAAGGCGCAUGCUCCGAGCAAUCUUCUCGUAUGACUGCCAUGGACAACGCCAGCAAGAACGCCGAAGAGAUGAUUGGCAAACUUACGUUGACAUUCAACCGAACUCGUCAAGCCGUCAUCACCCGCGAGUUGAUUGAAAUCAUCUCCGGUGCAUCGGCUUUGUAAACCAACAACACAAAACGAACCCACAAACAACAACAACAAGUUUAAACAAUGCAAUGCAACCUGUUCCAUCAUAAGUUUUUAAAUAAUUAAUUAAGUACUAUUCGAUUCAAUUGUUUUCUUUGCUAUGCAUUGUUUAGAUGGUUAGAUAUUUCCGACGUUGAAAUUACAAUAUGCAAUGUGUAAUCGUGCUAAUCAAAUGCGAGAAUCGCGCUGCUGAAUUCCCAAAGUCACUGGUUUUGCUGCCCACCAGAUCUAACAACUACAAUCAUGCGGACGAUCACGACCAUUCGAUUAAUAACCGUUACAUGCUGCCAUUUUGUUUUGUUUAUUUGAUGAAAACAUUUGUGAACACCGAAA